AUGAAGCUGCGGUACGCGAUGGUGUGCUCGUCGAACCAGAACAGGAGCAUGGAGGCGCACUCGCUGAUGAAGAGGCAGGGCUUCGACGUCUCCUCCUACGGCACUGGCGGCCACGUGAAGCUUCCCGGUCCCUCUCUGCGGGAGCCCAACGUAUACGAUUUCGGCACCCCUUACAAGCAGAUGUACGACGAGCUUCGGCGCAAAGACCCCGACUUGUAUCCUUCCCUCUUCCUGCUCUUUCUCCUCCCCUCCUCGUCCUUCACAAUUUCCUCGUCUCCGGGUCUUCCCCUCGAGCAUGUUGGGUCCCCGCGAAAUCGUGAAGAAGACCUUCGGAUGAUGAUUCUGGUAGUCCAAACAUGGUGAAUCCUACUGUUUCUCCUGAACUCUGUGGAAUCUAGAUACAAACGCAACGGCAUCCUUCCGAUGCUCAAGCGUAAUUCGGGCAUCAAACUUGCCCCUCAGAGAUGGCAGGACAACUCGGCCGACGGCAUCUUUGAUGUGGUGCUCACCUUUGAGGAGAAGGUCUUCGAUUUGGUACUCGACGGUCAGACGUUUCCCCACACUUCAAUUCUCCAUGGACCGUGCGACCCAUUUGUUUUUCUGUUCAAUAAUCUUCAUGGAUUUGGUAUACCCGCCAUAAAAAACAAUCUUUUAGGCCUGUCGAUAGGAUCUUAAGCUCUUUUCAAAUCCCUUAAGUUCAUCAGGAGCCUAUGUCAUAUCGAUGUUGUGAGGUAGAUUGCUAUAGUGGACACAUUACGGUCGACGGAAGGAUGUCUGUUCCGUGGAAAUGAAGCAUGAUGUAUAAUACUUCAACUAUCUAAUCAUGAAAGCCUUUGUGCCUGAAUUUCUACUGCUAGCCUAUUGAUGAAAUAAUAUGCGCAUGCCUACCUUUUAUAUCAGCACAAUGGUGGAUGUGAUAUUGCUUAGAUCGCAGAGUUCCGAAUUUACCCAGAAACAAAAUUUUGGUCUCAUGGUUAAGUGUCAUUAUACAAUGAACUCGAUAUGCAUAUUUCUCUUCUUAUUAAAUGAAUAAAGUCAAUGCUUGAGACAUCAGGUUUAAGCGUGAUUUCAGAUCCAAGAUUGACUGAUUUCUAAGUCUUUUUCUUCUUCACUCUGUUGUCUCUGAGGAUGAUCAUGCACUGCUAUUUGACAAAGCAUGCUCGCUGCAUUUCAGAGGAACUGAAAACCUCGUAGUUUCAUUUAUCGUUCAACUUGUUUUCCAGACGUCAUAUGGCACAUUGAUUGGAUUCUACAUAUUAGCCUCCUGCCCUAAAUAUAUUUUGGCGGGCGAGGUUAGAUUUUGGGUUCGGUUUAUCUUGAUGCUACGAGAUCAUGCGGUCCAAAUAUAGGAAAUGUUUAAAGAGCAAUGAACACUGAAAUGAAAAUCUAAUGCGAAUGAUUCAGUGUGCAUUUGUUCCGUGAUUAUCCUAGCAUUUGGUUUGACGCCAUUUUCUCUCUCAUAUUUAACCAUUCUCCUCAUUCUCAUCUACAGAAAAGGAUGCCAUCUGGAUCCUUUCCCUCACUUUGUCCAUCUUACGGAUUCUUGCCUGAAGCUUUUUUCACAGCUAGAUUAUUUUUACUCUCAUCAGUAAGCUAUCCAUUCUCUUCCUUAUGUAAGUGAUACUGAGCUCGUAAUCGAACCGUUUAAAAUAUAUUUUCAUAUCAGUUAUCAUGGAUGAGCUCUAAUGGAACCUCUACCCUCUCGCAAGGGCUUCUAGGGAUGGGAGAAUUAUUCAUGGAAAUUUCUUUCCUGCCCAAGUUUUAGGAAUACAUUUGGCUCAUCUCUGAAGCCCUGUGCCCAGCUUCAUAAUAUAAUCUCACCCAGAACCGUGCCUUGAUCAUCUGCAGAUCUCAACAACCGAGAGCACUCGCUGAUGAGACCGGUGCUCAUAAUCAACUUGGAAGUGAAAGAUAACCACGAAGAGGCUGCUGCUGGGGCCAAGGUCGCCUUGGAUUUAUGCCAAGAGGUGCUGUUACUCACCCAACCAUUUCUUUCCCCCCGCCCCUUGGGGUCCGCCUAAUUAGCCAACCCAGUCCUGAAAGGCCAAGCUCUGUCCCCACCUGACUCCAUUUUGCCGGUUACUGACGGGUUGACCUGGUUCAUCUGAUCUUAGCAUGGCCCAUCUGGGUCAGAUUUGGACCAGCAAUAGAAUCCUGGUCUUUGGUUGGCAGUUCUGAUUGGCUCGAUUUGUCUGAACCAAUCGGAGCCCUCCUCAGGUCAGGAUUUCGGCCAGCAGUGGAAGCGGUGACAACGGAUAGAUAUUAUGACCCGCAAUCCUCUGUUGGGAGUUGUAGAAGAGCAAGGUUUGACCCAGCUGGGGGUUCCUGAGCAUUGGGGCCCACUUUUAUCGGUCAACCCUCUGGCCUCUUGACUCAGGUCAACCUAUUCUAUAAGACUGUAUUUCUUGACUGUGUUUUUGAGUGCAGCUGGAGGCUACCGACUGCUGGGAGGACUCCAUCGACAGCGUCGUCACGGCCUUUGAGAGGCAGCACAAGCGUAAGCUCCUGUACAGCAUCUCCUUCUAUUGA